AUGUUGGAUAUUGUGGCUAGUGCGAGGGACGAGUAUGUUUUGCGUGGUAAGUGUGCGGGCGUGGGUGGGGAUGGAGAUGGAGUUCCGGUGGGGAGGAGGUCUAAUUUAAAGGGAGGCGAUGCGGCGUUGUUGAGGAAUUUGGUGAGGGCGAAUAUGGAGGAGGAGGCCGAUGGGGAUAAAGGGUUGACGGAAGAUGAGUUGUUGUCUAAUGUUUUCACGUUUCUCCUGGCUGGACAUGAAACGUCGGCGAAUACGCUCAGCUUCGCUCUUGUCCUGAUCGCACUCCAUCCUGAAGUCCAACAAAAGAUGUAUGAGGAGAGUAUGCGAAUUUGGCCGGAAGGCUCAGAUACGACGUCUGAGAACUUCACAUCUGAAUACACCCUCGCCACAUUCCGCGAAACCCUCCGUCUCUUCCCCGUCGAGACCCGCCUUCCAAAGGUCACAACCUCGGACACGAAACUCACAGGACGGAGAUUCUCGAAGGCUGAUCUCGUAAGUUUUACGCCUGAUGCGAUCUCCAAAGGUCUUAAAAAGUUCGAGAUUGCGAUCCCGAAGGGGAGUUCCAUUCUCAUCGAUUGUUAUGGGGUGCAUAGGAACCCGAUGUAUUGGGGAACGGAUUGUAGAGACUUCAGGCCUGAGAGGUUUAUAGAUACUGAGACAUAUCGUUGGCCUCGGGAUGCAUUCCUAGGCUUCUCCGCUGGCGCUCGCGGCUGCAUCGGUGCACGAUUUGCGCUGACCGAAGGCAUCUGCAUCCUCGCUCUUUUUGUCCAACGGUUCGAAAUAAUCCCUCCGCCUGAGGUGGUUAGGAUGGAAAAGGAGGGAAAGGGGUGGGAGGAGAGGUUUAAGUGGAUGACAAGGUGGGCACCGGAGAUUACGAUUCGGCCUGUGAAUGCGAGGGUUGGGGUGAGGAGGAGGGUGUAA